GCUGCUCGCUCUCUCUCUCUCUCUCUCUCUCUCUCUCUCUCUCUCUCUCUCUCUCUCUCUCUCUGUGUGUGUGUGUGUUUUGUUUAGCGUCAGUCUGUCGUGAGACAGUGAAGGUCUUUAUUCACACUGAGCGGCACGAGGAGAGAAUGAGAAAAUAAGAAAAAGACAAACCGCGUUCAACUGUAUCAACAGGAUGUUUCGGUGCUUGGAGUUCGUCGCUUUUGUUUGUUUGUCUCUUGCGGCCAAACCCGCAACAGGGCAGAUUUUGCCUCCCCACAACUUGUCCCUGCGUUGGAUUAAUGAGUUCACCCCAGAGCUCACCUGGGAGCCGCCUCCGCACUCCAUGGCAAACUGCCACUAUGAGGGAAAGAUCGAAAAGAACCACAAAGAGGAAAGAGUAUUUGAGCCUAUCGAAGGCAAGUCUACAUCUUUUGAUGAUGGCACGCUGUACAUGGAGGGAGGACUUCUAAGUUACUGUUUGGAAACAGUUUGUCCCGGUAACCGAAGUGAACCAGCAUUUUUGAAUAUAUCUUACCCAGAUCUGGUGAAGUCGUUGGAUUUCUACAUAAAACCUGCCAAACGAGGCCACUGCUCCUGGUCCCCCGUCAGGACAACUCCAGAGCUGCGUUUCUUCUAUCAAUUGAACGAUCAGCUCUCUCACAAAGGCUCGGCAGAGAUACUGCGAGAAUGCUCAUCGUACAGUUACACUGGUGGUGUGAAGUCUGGGUGUGACUUGAAUGCGACGACAAGUAUGAGCAUUAAGAUGCUGUUUAAUGCAACAGUGAACAACAAAGUUGUUCGGAACACCUUCCAUUGGGACAAAUUAAAAGUAAAACCAGCUGCCCUUGAAUGGACAGUCAAAGAAAAUAAGAGCAAUUUCACCAUCAGCUGGACUCCUCCAGACAUGCUAAGUUUAGAUUCAUGGACAUUCAAAAUAGAUUACACCAUAAAUGGAAAAGAGCAGAAAACAUUGUCUGCAUUCGGACAUUCCUACACGCUGGAGCGGGACCCUUCCUGUCAGUACUGCAUGAAGAUUCAAGCCAAGAGCAAAUUUGGCGACUCGCCUCCAACCGAUGAGAAGUGUUUUGGUCCUGAUCGGGGUUUGUUCUCGGUGUACGUCAUCAUCUUUGCCCUGCUAGUUAUUCUGGCAGCUAUCUCCAUUGCGUGUUUGCUGAGGUAUAAGAAACAUAUUUUCCCCAAAAUUCCAGUACCUUCGAACUUCUUCAAAGAUGUUAUCGAAAACAACAAUGAGAGCUUUUUUCGCAAGUUGUACGUCCCGCCAGAGGAACAAGAGAACUGUACCGUCACGGUGGUGAAAGACGCGCAGACCACCAAACCAGACUGUUGAAACUCCUCCGCUGUCAGCGCACUCUUCCUCUGAAGCAAGAAAUCAUAUUGGCAUUAACACGGAGACCUGAUUCUGAGUCCAGUUUUACGAAACUUUGCAAAAAAGUAAUCUUAGGUGACUGUAGAUUAGAAGGCCAAGCUUUGCUAUGUUGAUACAGCAGAAGAAGAAAAUGGACCGCUGUUUCUGAACAGAUUCACUCAGCGGCUGCUUGUUUUCACGGAAAUGCCUGAGAUUCGGUCGCUUUGCACUAAGGGGUCACUGAACUGAAAGUCAGGACCUUUCCUUGGAGAUCCUUCUGACGCAUGCAGCUGUUCCUACUCAGCCGCAGCCAUAUGAGAUGCAGACUGAAAGAGAUUCAUUAUUUAUCCCCAGCUUGCGGUGUUUUGUUUUAUAACAAAUCUGGUUUCCAUGUCCAGCUGAGGCACACCAUGAACAUUUGUAGAUGGGAUUUCUUUUUUUUUUUGAAGAGUUCCCAGACCAGAAUCCAACAAUGUACCACAAAUUCUUGUAUUAUUUUUUCCUACUCUUGGCUCUUUUUAUGUCAUGAAACCAGAGGGACCCAGUACUGUACGCCAUCUUUGUGUAAAGAGUUUGUUUUUUUUAUUUGCACAUAUGAAAUGGGAAGAGAAACAUUUCCAGCUCACAGUGGGAAGGGUAGUUAUCCUGGAAACGGUUGGAAAAUGCUACACUCUUUCUGCUUGAAUUUCUUGACAGCUGCAUAAAAAGAUGAAUUAUAUUCCAUUACUUACGAGAAGCUGCUAAAUUCAUUCAAUCAUUUUUACACCCUGUACACAGAUAUAAAUCUAGGUAUGCAGUCUGCAAACCCAGCAAAUCUACUGUAGCCGUAAAUGCACACGACUCCAAAUGUUAUCCGGCGGCAAAGUGCUUUGAAUACAAUCGAUGGGACGUGUGAGGUGUGUGUGAACCAACAUUAGGGCGAUACACACGCCUCCUUGGCUGCAUUAAGGCCAGAUUUGGUGCGGGGUCAGUUGUGACAAUAAUCUGCAAGAAUCAGAUCCAUAAAUGCGGGAAAAUUCUCAGGGUUACAAAACCAAACACCUGACUAAACGUUAACAAAUGUAAGAUGGUAAGAAAAACAUUUAAAGAAGAAAAAGGAUAUUCCCACUGAGCUCAUUCAGUGUCAGAGAGUCCUAACUCUGGACAACGUUCUCCUCUCCAACACCACGCCCAGAGAUUCUAGUUCCUCUCUUACGACACAACUGGCCUUUCCGCCUCAACAAACAUGGCGGCACUGACCACCACCGACUCGUAGAACAUCCUCAGCAUCUUCCGGCAGACGUUCCGGUGCCCGGGCCUGUUCAGAAAGACGAAAUAGCUCUGACCCUCCUUUUUAAAUCAUAUUUGCAUUUUUUAGGCAAGUCUGAUUUAUUGUCCAAGUACACCCCCCCACAUGACCUCCAGUUACUCAUACCUUUUCUGUCGUGACCCCUUGAAUGUCAACAGGGGUCAUGGAGGCUCUUGGACCUGUUCAAGUCCCCAACCAGCACUUUAGUGUCACCACUUUGGGUUCCAAGUGGUUUUUCACGUUCCAUGUAUUAACACAAGCCUGUGUUAUCUCUCAUCACCGCCACCGAUGAGUCCAACUACCUCAGACUCAUGAGAAUACUUCUGUGGAUGGCAGGUGUCUGCACAGUGGCUGAAAUCACAGGUGUAGAGAAUAAAAAGAAAAGGCGAGAAAGUUUUUGAUAAAACACUUUGGGAGGG